AUGCGUUCGCUUUUGUCACCGCUGUCCAGGACUCGGUCUGCGACCGACGCUGCUUCACCUACUCCGCCUGCAUCUGACUCGCCGCCUGCCUGCUCCACGCCUGGCCCGGACCCUGCGCUGAGCGCCACUCCAUCCAGAUCCUCCACAUCGAUCAGUUCACCGGCGGGCGAGACUACUGCGUUCCACGCGUCUACGGGAGAGAAACCGACCCCUGUCGCUGCAACAAAACCUGACCUGCUCGCUACUACAAACUCACUCGAAGUGCCUACGCCUGUCGCCUCGUCGGGAGCCUCUGAUGCUGACGAACUUGCGUCAAAAAAACUGCAGAUUAAAGGAGCAGAUAAGGCAGCUCAAUGUCGAUCUGAUGAGGGUUGUCGAUCAUUCCAUUGA